CCACACCUCCCUUAACUGUUUUAACCCCCAUCCCAAUUCCAAUCCCAUCUCAUCCUCCCUAUCAUCGAAAAAGAAAUUCCCCAAGAUGGACCCAGAAUCAGACACAGCAGACCCCUCCAAUCCUCCCGUAAUCAACUACAUUCUCUCCUUCCUCCUAGUCGGGGUAGCUUGGGGUUUCACCACCCCUUUCAUCCGGCGCGCAGCCGCGGACUUUGCAGCCCGCCAGCAACAAAAACAGCAACCAGACGACAACAUCACCACCACCAAUGAUGAGGCAAAUGUCCCCCUAACACCGGUGUCUCCCGAAUACACCGACGAGACACGCCCCGAGGAUGAACGGGGAGAAGAAAGCGAGGAAGAUAAUCCUCCCCCAGCUAGCCACCAAGAACAGCAGCAACAACCGGCAUGGAUGCAACAGCAACAGCCGAAACAGCAAUCCUGGCUCCGCAAAAAAAUCAUCACGUUAUUCUGGACGGUUGUUAAUUUACUUCGCACGCCCGCGUAUUCUAUUCCCCUGGUUGUGAAUUUGACCGGGAGUGUGUGGUUCUUUUUGUUGGUGGGGAAGCAUGAAUUAUCAUUAACUGUCCCCCUCGCCAACUCCAGUGCGUUUUUGUUCACGGUGUUGGGCGAAUGGUAUGUUGAGAGGAAGGUCAUUGAGCGGGAGACGUGGUUGGGGAUGGCGUUGGUGUUGGGUGGGAUUGCGGUUUGUGUUAUGGCUUAGUUCAUAUUUCUUCAUUACUAGUAUCUAGAUUGUGUUGUGGGUUUGUAGGGGUAUAGUGUAGUAUUAUAUGUUGGUGUCGUUGUUUGUAUGUAGUUGAUGGGGUUGGAAUUGGUGUGGGAAAAAAAGAAAUCACAAAAAAGUUGUGCAUCAUCCGUGAAUCGAACACGGGCCUCAUC